AUGUACUUCUACGAGUUCAAGCUGGACAAGUUUGCAGCAGCGAUAGCUCGAAAUAACAACGCUGUUUGUGGUGAGGGAAACACUACCGAAUGCACGGUAUGGCGUCAAUUCCAAAGGUUUUGUGGUGGUGUUAUGAGCCUCAAAGUUAAGGAAGGCCGCGUCCACCCUUCUGAAGUUGACGACCACCUGCUGAAGGCAAUCAUCAAAGAUGAUCAGCUUAGAACAACACGAGAGGUUGCUCAUGGACUAGUCAUUGACUAUUCAACAAUCUCCAUGUGCGACUUUCGAUAA